CUUUGACAUUCACAACAAAUUUUUCCAAACCACAACUGAAUAGGAUUUGAGCAUACUACUCCUACAUUCAUCUUACGCCCUCGAAUCUUUUCAUCGACUUAAAAAUGGCGUCAACGACAGCACAAAGACGAUUGUUGCAAGAAUACCGAGCGCUGACCAAUAAUCCACCAGAAGGAAUCACUGCUGGACCAGUUUCCGAAGACGAUAUGCUGUACUGGGAGGCUUUGAUUCAAGGUCCAGAAGGCACGCCAUUCGAGGGAGGCAUAUUUCCUGCGGAGUUGAAGUUCCCGAAAGACUAUCCGCUUGCGCCGCCAACCAUGAGGUUUCUAGGGGAAGUUUGGCAUCCAAAUGUGUAUCCUAGCGGUCUUGUCUGCAUCUCCAUCCUCCACGCCCCUGGCGACGACCCAAAUCAUUACGAGCAUGCUUCCGAACGAUGGUCGCCAAUCCAGUCGGUGGAGAAGAUACUGAUAUCGGUCAUGAGCAUGCUGGCGGAACCGAACGAUGAGAGUCCGGCGAAUGUGGAGGCUGCGAAGAUGUGGCGAGAACAGAGACCGGAGUACGAGAAGAGAGUCAGAGAAGGGUGCAGACGAAUGCUAGGACUAUGACCUGUAGUCAGGACAUUGUUUACCAAUCAGCGGACAGGGCAGCAUAUGAGAGACGACUCAGUUCGAUACCAGAUAAGGCAUGCUUCUGGUGGUGGAACAUAGCCAUGAGGCGGCAGAUGAAUCAUAGGCUUUGGCAUAUGCAGAUGGAGCGCUGGCGUUAAGAAUGGCAUGAAAAUACAUUAUGGAUUGAAAGUAC